AUGAAGCUGAAGCUGGAGUUGAAGUUGAAGUUGGAGGAGGAGAAGAAGAAGAAGAAGAAGACGAAGAAGAGAAAAGGUCUCAAGUUUCCUUUUGCGGAGUUUAUCAGCCCGCGGCUAAAGUCACAUGCAGCUGACUCAGCUGAUAAGGGAGUUUCUUUAUGUUCGUUUUCUUCUUCUCCAGCUUCAACUUCCAGCUUUUUGCUUCUUCCACUGCCCUGCCUACCUUAG